CGCACGACGGCGACAGGAGCUCCUGAAUCGGCAGGGACUCGGAAUCCCACCGCUUAUUCUCCCCCCUCGAUGCGAGGAGAGAAAAACAGUCACAGAGAGUAGAAAAACCAUCGGCGACCCCACCUCACGAAAAGCCCCCUCUGGAAACUCCGAUGGAUUAGUCUGAUUUCUCUCCGAAAGUAGAGAAUGGGCUGUGUCCAAUGUAAGGAUAAAGAAGCAGCUAAACUCACUGACGAGCGGGAGACCAGCAUCUCACACAACUCGGGGUACCGCUAUGGCUCCGACCCCACGCCGCAGCACUACCCCAGCUUCGGGGUCACCACCAUCCCCAACUACAACAACUUCCACAGCGCGGCCUCCCAGGGGGUCACCGUGUUCGGGGGAGUCCACACGUCCUCGCAGUCCGGGACGCUUCGCUCUCGGGGUGGAACAGGAGUGACUCUGUUCGUCGCUCUGUACGACUACGAAGCCAGGACCGAAGAUGACCUCAGCUUCAGAAAGGGGGAGAGGUUCCAGAUCCUCAACAGCACCGAGGGCGACUGGUGGGAGGCUCGUUCUCUCACUACAGGUGGAACUGGUUACAUUCCCAGCAAUUACGUCGCUCCGGUGGACUCCAUCCAAGCUGAGGACUGGUAUUUCGGUAAAUUAGGUCGAAAGGACGCAGAGAGGCAGCUUCUUUCCAACGGCAACGCACGAGGCACUUUCCUCAUCCGUGAGAGUGAAACAACCAAAGGGGCCUACUCCCUCUCCAUCCAGGAUUGGGAUGACAUCAAGGGAGACCACGUUAAACAUUACAAGAUUCGCAAGCUGGACAGCGGAGGCUACUACAUCACCACCAGGGCCCAGUUUGAGACGCUCCAGCAGCUGGUGCAGCACUACUCCGCCCGGGCUGCAGGGCUGUGCUGCCGCCUCAUCGUGCCGUGCCACAAAGGCAUGCCCCGCCUGACUGACCUGUCCGUCAAAACCAAAGACGUGUGGGAGAUCCCCCGAGAAUCGCUGCAGCUCAUCAAACGUCUCGGCAACGGCCAGUUUGGAGAAGUCUGGAUGGGCACGUGGAACGGCACCACCAAGGUGGCGGUGAAGACUCUGAAGCCGGGCACCAUGUCACCCGAGUCGUUCCUGGAGGAGGCUCAGAUCAUGAAGAAGCUCCGGCACGACAAGCUGGUGCAGCUGUACGCGGUGGUGUCAGAAGAACCCAUCUAUAUCGUCACCGAGUACAUGUGCAAAGGGAGUUUGCUUGAUUUCCUGAAAGACGGAGAAGGACGAAGCCUCAAGCUGCCAAAUCUGGUGGACAUGGCAGCUCAGGUGGCAGCGGGCAUGGCAUACAUCGAGCGGAUGAACUACAUCCACAGAGACCUCCGCUCUGCAAACAUCCUGGUCGGGGAAGGCUUGGUGUGCAAGAUCGCUGACUUCGGUCUGGCCAGGCUCAUCGAAGACAAUGAAUACACAGCGAGACAAGGUGCAAAGUUUCCUAUAAAGUGGACGGCUCCUGAGGCGGCUCUCUACGGAAAAUUCACCAUCAAGUCGGAUGUGUGGUCGUUUGGCAUCCUGCUGACGGAGCUGGUGACAAAGGGCAGAGUGCCAUAUCCAGGCAUGAACAACCGCGAGGUGCUGGAGCAGGUGGAGCGGGGUUACCGGAUGCCGUGCCCGCAGGACUGCCCCCCGUCGCUGCACGAGCUGAUGGUGCAGUGCUGGAAGAAGGACCCGGAGGAGAGGCCCACCUUUGAGUACCUGCAGGCCUUUUUGGAGGACUACUUCACUGCCACAGAGCCUCAGUACCAGCCGGGGGACAACCUCUGAGCACCGCUGCCUUCAUCUCAUGCCAUUUCACCAGCUCUCCACCAGGGGGAGCCAGACUUCCACCUUCUCUCUCUCUCUCUCUCUCUCUCUCUCUCUCAUCCUGUCGCUGUAACGAUCUUUAAAGCUCAUUGACUUGACUUCUUGAUUUCCAAACUUCAUACAAACGGAGACAGCUGCCUCUCUGGAAGGAAUCUCAUCAAAUGAAAGGAUGUUUUUUGAGGCGGGAGGGGGCGCUGAGAUGACUGAAGACUUAAAAAGGAAAAAAAAAAAAAAAAGACUGCCAUGGAUGAACCAGACAAGUCAUGUUGUUUAACUUGUAUGUAGUGUAAAUAUAAAUUGCUUGUUACUUAUCUUUUUUUUUUUUGUUUCCUUUAUAUUACUUUUGAUAUUUUGGAAAUGUGUGGAUUUUUGUUUUUUAAUCCAAGGUCAAAGUUAUUUCAGAUUUCUGGCUCGUAGAAAAGCGUGCGUGCGGCUCACAGUUAGUAACAGAUGGGGACAAAAUAACUGUAGGAAUGGUUAGAAGCGGUGGACUGAAGUAUCUCAAGGAGUUUUUCUGGAUGUUCAGUCCACUGGCCUUUUUUUACGAGGUUAAUAUAACAAUACUACUCUCCUCUUCUCAAGGAACUUAGAUGUACUUUAACACCUGUUCUUGCCUUUUCUUGUUUAGUAAUAUUCUUAUAAUGUAAAGGAAUGCCUUCAUGCUUUCUACACACUAACCUAGUGAAUCAUGGACUCUUCCAGCCCAACUUAUAUGCCAUCUGCACUAAUAUUAAGUGCAGUCAUCGCAUUUUUAGCUUCAGCCAAUGAGUUUUUAGAUCGGCUUAAAGUAACUUUUAGUUCGGCUUUUUUUUUUUUUUUUUGUAGUUGGAAAGGAGGCAGAUGUCCUCUCCCGCUGCUGUCACUGUUCGGCUGACUGCUUAUUAUACAGGCAAUAUUUUAAAAUGUAUGUUGCAUAAUUGUAUGGCAGCAGGCUGUGUAAGAAUUCUGCAUCGUCCUUUUUGCUUCAAACAAAAACACAAACUGCCACUCACAUUGUCCCUCCAUAAUGUGUAUCUGGAAAAGAACGAGACCAAACGUGUUUUAUUUUCUUUUGUGGUAUGUUCGCUUAAGUUUGGUCAGUCUUGUGUGUCGUUUUUUUUUUUUUAAAUCACAUGAAUAUUUCUUUCUCCUGCAGCUCUGGGUGACAUGUCUCUCCCUCAAGUGUCAAACUUCUCUCUGUGUGUGAGAAGGUGCAUUUUUUUUUUUUUUUCUUCCGUUUCUCUGUGUUUUCAAGUUGCUUUCUUAAAAGUGAGCAGAAAUGUUGUCUUUGCAUCACUUUUGUGUCGUCCCACUUCUGUAGAUAUACAGAAAAUGUUUCUGGUCUCUGCAUUAUUUAUUGUCUCUGUCUGUUACUUGUACACAACUGGUUUUGAAAUAAACAAUCUUGCCAUCA